AAAAUGUAUAAAAGGGGGUGACUUUGUUAGGUAAUGUACAGACGUCCUCUGGAAGACAAAACCGCCGUCCAGGAUGAAGCUCCAAGUUCUUGUUGCUGUUAUUGUAGCGGUAGCACUUGCCGAGGCGAGAGCACCAAUAAGGUAUGCUCAGCGCGGUACCAGGGUUGCUGGCGAUGGAAGAAGCUACUUGGUCAAAGUGAAGGACAAUGCUGACCCUGACCGUGUGAUCAUGCGGGGGAGAGGUCAGAUGCACCGCCUGAUGAACUUCGGUAUGGAACAGAUGGACGCCGAAGUGGGUACCCAAAAGAUUAAGAUCGGCAAGACCAAGUUCUUCACUGUCAAGGGAAACCCGAAACUGUUGGAGUCGAUGCAAGAGGACGAUGACAUAGAAUACAUUGAGCAAGAGACCAUGUUCUACAAGUCUCCCUGCAGCGACACUCAGGAUAUCAGUCACAGCGCCUUGUGGAAAUAUAAAGAAUACCUGAAUUCGUUACAGGGCCUUGAUAGGAUUGAUGAACGUAAUGGCGCAGAAAGUGGCUCUUACUCUCCCUCAGGUGAUGGCGCUGGUGUCUAUGCCUACAUCUUGGACACUGGUAUCCACACCGGCCACAGUGACUUUGGAGGCAGAGCCAUCAACGCCGGGUCCGCCUACAGCCAUCCUUAUGGAUCCAGCGACGACGAUGUUGACGGUCACGGAACGCACGUGGCAAGUAUGUAUCCGCUUGAGCAUUUUCUAUCUUUGGAAAUCUGGUAAAACAUGACCUUGUGC